AUGCGUUUAACAUCUACUCUACUAUUCCUAUUCAUUGGGAGAAUCGCGGCCCAAGAGAGCUCGGGCUCGUCGACUACCACUGUCUUUGAAACCGUAUACAAUACUUACACUAUCACUCGAAAUAUCGACUGUGAAGACCUAAGCUUAUGCGAAAAUCUUGCCUGGAAUCCAAGACCCGGCAGUCCAGCCCCCGGAAACAAUGGAACCGAAGGGCCUCCAACUGUUAUACCACUGCCUUUUGACCCAAGUUCCACUAGUCCUACAACCCCAUCAAGCACUGCAUCAGACGGCUCUUCUCCUACUGACGAGCCUUUUGAAUUCCUUUUGCGGGGAGACGGUGUACUCAGUGAACAUUUUAUUGCAUUUGACGAGAAUAAAGCCACAGUUUUGGUCCAGUCAGGCAAAGAGCCGCAGUACCUGCAGAUCUCAGCUGAUGGAGAACUUGGGACUGUGAAUACGACAGAAACCACUGAAGUCGUGUUUCUCAGGAUCACGAACGAUACUCUUCCUCUUGUACGAAGGCAGGAUGACUCGAACGCAGAAGUUUACGAAAUCGGAGAUCUACUUCACGCCGCACCCAGCGAAAUUUUGUCGUCAGAUAAAUUGAGUACAUUCUAUUUCUCAGGAACGGUGCUAAAACUCAAUUGGAAGGGAUUGAUAUACACCUUUUACGCUGUCCCGAGAGAUGUCAUCGGGGAAUACUCUUUGAAGAUGGCAAGAUUGGGCACAGUGGUUCCAGCGUCUUUCAUUCCAUUGAAUUUGAAUUAUCUGAGACAGCCAUCUUCGUCAACGACAUCUAUCACCUUCCCGACUGGCACACAAACUGGGGUUUUGCCUAGUACAACGUCCCCUACUAGUAGAAGAUCGAGAUCUCGCUCUACGGGGGUAUCUGAUUCUUCUUCUUCAUCCGGCAAUGAUAGUGAAUCAACGUCGUCUAACACCGGGACCAGUAUUAGUGAUACAGCUACAAAUGCAAGCCCAACUAGUGUAGAUUCGGCUUCCGUUACUCUUGUCUACGACAUCAUCACCUCUUUUAGUUACCAGUCUUUCUGCUCUGAAUACUUGGAAUACACUGGGACUGUCUCUCGCGUAUCAACUGAAGAAUCCUCUGUUCUUGCUGGCACCCUGGUUACGACCUCAACAGACAUAUUCGAAAAAUUCGUCUACACCAGCACAGAAACAACUUACACCGCAACCACAACAGUCACUACUGAUGCAACUGCAAUGGAACGUCGAGAGGUAAUAAGUCCGGUACCAGAAAAUGGACCUCGUGCCGCACAGGCUCAAAUACCUUUUCUCCUGGCUGCAUUUAAUGCCGCCGAAAUCAGUCUUGGCUGUUCAAGCGCUGUUCCAGCUCGAGAAACUUCGACGGAGCAUAGUACCACCACUCGUACCGUCCCCUACGAAUCCACGGAUCUCCAUUCGGAAACAUCGACAACGGAGAUAUCCACAGCUAGUAUUCUAACAGCAGCUGAACCUCUAAAAAUCCCGGUCCCCGCUAAUGGUUACUGGUGGGUUGCUGACGCAUCAAUAACGGCGUUUUACCAUCAGCAUCUCACCGUAAUUCACGAUGAUACGGGUGUCUCCUACGAGGAGCUAACCCAAGCCACAGCUUCCACUGUUUGGUUCAACUUGCAAUGGAAUGACACAGCACAGGCUUAUAACCCUUACUGGCAAUACACAUACACAACCACCAUAAACGGGGCUCCAACUUCAGUAUCAGAAACCCGUUGGUUAUGGUACUAUGUCGAACGUGACACAAUGAACUUGAUGCUUCCUCAACUACUUACCGAGGAGGUAGCAGCUGUGAAGCCACGCGAGCUCAAAAAGGCAUUGUUUACGGUCGAUAUCAAUGGGUUUCUUAAAACUGUCGGUGAACCCGUUAUAUAUAUCUGCCAAUGGCGUGGGAGCAACCUGGCUAUCGGGUACUCGAUCUAUACAUUUUGGGGCCCACGUACGGGAUUCUUGGAGCUUUUGAAGGCAGCAUUGAUUCUACGUGGAGAUACGACCACUGAGCCUUAUGGCUGUGAAAACGUCUCCGAUGCUCUUCAGGUCAUUGCAUUUGCUGGAGAUUCUCUCGGAAAGAAAUAA